UUAUGCUCCUGGCAACACUGUUACGUUAUAAGAUGGCGGCUAUCACGUUGCGGUAGACCCUUUAACGAAGUAAAAAUGAUCGAAUCGUGUUCUUUUCGUCGCAUGGUGUUCGUGGUGGCAUCUCUGGUUUGCAGUUGUUUGGUGGUUCUGGUAGUGGAAAGUGUUUUGGCUCCUUCUCCCGACAAAUACGCACGUCCGACCGACGAACUCGACAAUUCUUCUUGUUGGAACAACGAAAAAUAUUCCGUCACGCAGAAUUGCAGAGCCUGUAACCAGUUCGAGAAGGUCAGCAAACAUACCUUAGCCUGUCUCUCUACUGGUUACAAAGAAGAAAUAACUUGUGAAAAAUCAGGAACUGUGUACAGAAGCUGCAAGGUGCCCUGGUUGGAGCAGCGCAACUUCUGGCUGGUGGAAGGGACGGCGGCCGGAAUGGCCCUGUUGGGAGGACUGGCGGUCACCUGGAGACAGAAGAGACUGGACAGGAGGACGGUCGAGAGGAUCCAGAGACAGAUCGCCGCCGGGGUCUGAGCCGCGUAGUUAAUUAAAACGUCCUUCAGUUGUUCACCCGAGGAUCGACAGGCCUUUGGGGGGCGUCUCACCCCUCCGUAAUCUGCCGGCAAAGAGGGAAAUGUGAUAAACAUCGCGCUUCUCGGGUGGACCGAGGAUGGACGACUCGGGGGGAUUUCGAGCCGGGUUGACCCAUUCCCUGUCGUUGGCGCAAUUGCCGAUAUUUCCGUCACCGAUCCGGUUGCCGAAAAGGCGGCCGAGUAAGGAUAGAUUCGGAGGGUCGCCCGCUACGUAACGGGCGAGUCGGAGGUCUCCAAGGUCGUUGGUCCGCGCGUUAUAUAUAAGUAUGGGAGCGCGACCCAACCCGAUCGUUCGGGCGCUUACCUUCGGCGAUAUGGCCAGACCGGUAUGUGGCAGACAGGUAAAUUUUUCCCCGUUUUUUCUUUCUUUUUUUUUUUUAAAGAUGGCUCUUCCCUAGGUGACGGUUCUCGCCCCGCUGCUACUGCUGCUGCUGCUCGCAGUAUCCACUUUACCCGUCGGGGCGGAAUACGUGGGAUACGUGUCCUCCGAUCGCUACUACGGCUACAAAAGGGUGGGAUACAACAGUCGCUACGGCACCCCCAACUACAGCAUCCAGUUGGGCGCCGACAAAAACGCCGCUCCCUCCCUCUCCGCUCCGGCCUCGGACCCCUCUUUCCUGCAAUCGGGCGGAAACGUCGUCUACAGUUACACCAACAUCCAACACUGACCGGAAGCCAUCUUCCUCCUCUCCCCUCUUCUUCCGACGUCGCCCAGACUCGUCGUCUACUUCGGGUCCGCCAUC